UACAUCUCCGUCCGGCAGAUGGCGCUAAUGAGCGUCUCGUGCGCGAAACUCCCUCAUCAUCAGAAGAAAGGAAUAAAGCAGUGAAGAGGAAGCAUGGAAAUGUUGAUCAAAUAACCAAAACAAAGCUGGAAAUGCAAGCAUGAGUGAAAAUGUCCAUAGUGGCAAAGCAAUGUGGAGUGAAAUUUAUUCCACCUUCAAUCGUCCUCAUUUAUAAGAACAAGAACACCAGCAAGAUGCGAAAAAGGAUCAUACCCGUGAGGAACUUCUCUCAGUAUUCAGACUGCAACCAGGCAGCAGAGAGGAUGAAGCAUCAUGUCCGUCACAGCGUCUAUCUGGAGUCCGUGUCUUUGGCUCAGCUGGAGAGACUUCAUCUCAUCCUCCGCGAUCAUCUGCAGGGCCUCAGCCUGGACCAGAGUCUCGCCGCCCACCGGGGGUCCGACCCCAACGAUGAGGACCUGAAUAAACUGAGCGAUGAAGAGCUGAACCGCAGGAAGGCCCAGAUGGACGAGCUGUUCGAGCGCAACCGUAGACGCAAAGAGGAUCCAGACUUUGUGUACGAUCUGGAAGUGGAGUUUCCAGAGAACAGCGUGCGAGAGACGUGCAGCUGGGACGAAGAGCAGUCCGAUGAUGAGUUUUAGAAGAUCGCGGACACUGGGAUGGAUUUAGAAGUGGAAACACGUGGAGAACUGGUGCAUCAUGGGGAUGAUGAACAUGCUUUUUGGUCUAUUCAUUUCCAUAUUGUUUUAAGGCCACUGUAACAGUUAUACCCCUUUGGAUCUUUGACAUCACAAACUUCUAAAUAUUGAAUUCUGUAAAUAUAAAAAUUGAGGACAUGGAAACCCUGAUGAUGAUAAACACACAUUUUUUAUCAUCUAUUAUCAACAUAUAAACAUGGGUUUCCUCUACUGCUACAAUAUGAAUACUAAAAAGUAAUGACACUAAAGCAUCAUUACUGUUCAAUAUCAUCACAAUACUUGACACAUUUGAGUUUUAAUGGUAAAUAUUUAUUUGUUUUUAUGAAAAGCUGUACGGAACGUCUAGUCCAUAUAUCCAGGGACAGUUAAACAUGAAAAAAUAAAACGCUACUUGAUUGUCACACUUUCAA